UCAUACUUCGAUUCAGGAGGCGUGGCUUGUCACAAGAAAAUGGGUGUAUAAGAAAAAACACGCUGCUAUGUUGUAGUAUAUGAGUAGUUUUGCUGGCGUAUUGCAGUUUUAAACUUAUUUUCUCGUAUACUUCUAUGAAAUCCUAAUAAUGACAGAUGUUAAGGUUAAAAAGGAGUCCACAGAUGUUGUGGAUAUCGAAAACAGAAUAAAGGAGCUGUGUCAGCAGUUUCCACAAGGCAUCACAGACCAGGUCAUCCAGAAUGACAUGCCGCAUGUGGAGGCUCAGCAGAGGGCCAUGGCCAUCAACCGGCUGCUGUCUGUGGGCCAGUUGGAUCUCCUCAGAAACAGCAAUGGGUUGCUGUACCGGCUAAAAGACACUCAGUCUGCAAGUAAAAUGAAGGGCUCUGACAACCAGGAGAAGCUUGUUUACCAGAUCAUCGAGGAUGCGGGGAAUAAAGGAAUAUGGAGUAGGGACAUCCGCUAUAAAAGCAACCUCCCCCUGACUGAGAUCAACAAAAUCCUGAAGAACCUCGAGAGCAAGAAACUUAUCAAAGCCGUGAAGUCUGUGGCAGCCUCCAAGAAGAAGGUGUACAUGCUGUAUAACCUGCAGCCGGACCGCUCGGUUACAGGAGGGGCGUGGUACAGUGAUCAGGACUUCGAGUCUGAGUUUGUGGAAGUUCUCAAUCAGCAGUGCUUCAAAUUCCUGCAGAGUAAGGCAGAAGCUGCGAGGGACAGUAAGCAGAGUCCUAUGGUGCAGAGAAACAGCUCGUUCGCCACCUCAUACGAAGUCUGGAAGUACAUCUGCGAGCUGGGAAUUAGCAAGGUGGAUCUGUCUAUGGAGGACAUCGAGACCAUCCUGAACACACUGAUCUAUGAUGGCAAGGUGGAAAUGACCAUCAUCGCGGCUAAAGAGGGCACCGUAGGGUGUGUGGACGGCCAGAUGAAGCUUUACAGGGGUGUGAACUCCAUCAUCCAGCCCACAGGCCUGGUCAAAACGCCCUGUGGACUCUGUCCGGUGUUUGACGACUGCCACGAAGGCGGGGAAAUAUCACCAUCCACUUGCGUGUACAUGGGAGAGUGGCUAGACUUUUGACAUUUCUUUUUGUUCGUUUGUAUGUUUUUUUUUUCUCUGUGGAGAAAGUGCCAUAUACUUUUUUUUUUUUUGCAACAAUUUGAUGCAACAGAUGAUGAUUUUAUUUAUAUUGAACAAUAAUAGGUUUGAUACAGUAUAUUUGAAAUGAAUGGGCAAAACGAAGAAGAAGAAGAAACAACAGCAGCUGUACUGUGGACCUCUGAAAACUAUCCUGGACUCAGAUAUAAUUUUUUUUUUUUCUUAUCUCCUUAAAAUCAAAUAUUCCGAUUCACGGGAUACAGCAUUACAAAUACAUCCUCAUACACACUGUAAAUCAGCUGACACACAUUUCCCCUGGAUCUGUGCUCAUUCAAUAAUAUAUAUAUAUUAAAAAAUCCUUGUUACUUGGGAUAAAAAAGGUGUUUUUUGUUUUUAGAAAAUAAAUGAACACAGUAUAAACUGUAAUGUUUGUGGAUUUCUGGUAAUAAAGACUGGGACUGAAAAUAA